AUGGUAAAACGUAAGUUUGUUUGUAGUUUUUUGCUGUUUUUGGUUUGGGAGUUUUGGGCUGAAGAAAGCGCAAUAAUCAAUGACUUUUUGGGAUUUUAACCAAAAAAACUAAUUGGGAAGGAAAUUUUAAGACACUCCGAAUCUCAAAAAUUUCAGCUUUUUUGCUCUUAAUUCCGCUUCUCGUUUUUCCACCUGCAAAUUCAAUCGACUGCAACACAGCUCCGACCGCAACUCUCCAACGGAUUUGCCGCCAACUCUCCAAAUGGGACGAAGGCGCGCGAAAGCAUCCGCCGCCAGCGAAGACCGCAUUGCCUCCGGGAAUCGACGAGUCUUUGAAUGGGCUUGAAAUUCCUCUGCAAGCCCAAACAGCCUUUGAUUGUGUGACCAUUGGCUGCCUCUGCGGCUACUUGGGAGGGACUGGCAGCUCGGAUGACAGUCAUUUCUGUCGACUGCCGGAUGGAAGUGGCGUUACAAAGAGCCGGCGGAAAGAGUAUCGGAUGCUGAGUGAUGUGGAGAGGAGACGAUUGCAUUCAGCGAUAAAAGUGAGCUUUUUUAGAUAAACAAAGAUUGUCCAACAAGUAGUCAAGUGGUCUUUUUUAGACGAUAAAACAACGACAGGGCCCAGGAAGCUACGAUUUCUUCGCAAGUGUUCAUAAAGCGUUUGACAAAGCCGGAGCCGCUCAUUCGGGACCAGCGUUCUUGCCGUGGCAUCGAGAGUACUUGAAAAGGUAAGAAAAAGUUUUCGCAAGGAAAGGAGCUAUGGUGGAACGGUCGGUAGCCUCAGAGUGUUCGCUUCUAGUGCGUUCAGAAGGUCGCCUUGCUGAUUUUUAGAGGAGAUAAGCCCUUUUUCAGAUUUGAAAUUUCCCUCCGAUUAGUCGACCCUCAAGUCAACGUUCCAUAUUGGGAUUCAACAUUAGACAGUCGGAUUCCGGAUCCAAAAGAUUCGAUUCUCUGGACGGAUGAGUUUUUCGGCUCCUCGGACGCAAAUGGUUGGGUUGUUGGCGGCGAUUUUUCUCCAUGGAGAACUAUACAGGUAGGUCAGUUGUUAACUUCUAACGAAGGUGUAAAUUUAGGGUACCGACAAGAUUCGUCGGAAUCUCGGCGGAGAGGGUCAUCCAUUCAACGACACGGAACUUGAAAUGCUAUUGAACAUGCCGGACAUCGAAGAAGUCUUGGCCUUUACUGCGCCUGGAAAGGUGAGUCGGAAUUUUUGAUUGGUAAAAUAAUAUCUUACGUUAUAAGUGACGAUGUCGAGUUAUAAAUGUAUAAGUUCGCAACAAGUGGUUCUGCCGCAAAAACCCCGUUUAAUCUUUAGGGCUGCCCUAUUCGUCCCAAUUUCUACUCCCUCGAGUAUACUCAUGGUAAUGUCCACAUGUUCGUUGGUGGCGACAUGUACGAACAGGCGACUUCUGGAAAUGACCCUAGCUUCUAUUUUCAUCAUGCUUUUACCGAUCUGAUUUGGGAGACUUGGCGUCAACUUCGACAAGACCGUAAUUCUCGAGAAGUGGUCUAUCCGCUGACACAGGGUAAUGAUUCUGAAAAUUAAAAGCUCCAUGGCAAAUAUUAUAAUUAAAGGCUCGUGCGCAAGCUCCUACCAUACCGCCGGAGCGGAUAUGCAUCCAUUCGGGCCGUGGAAGAACAUUGACGGGCUGUCCAACAGGUACACCGACGAUUUCUACGAGUACGCCCCAAGGCCGACGUGUUCACUGCCCUCCAAAGAUUGUGGAUCACCAUAUUUGUUUUGCCUGACAUCAGGCGGUCAAGCUCGGUGCGCCAGUAAAAUUAAACUAGGCGGAAGUUGUAAAGGCAUCAGCGACGGUGAGUGUAAACGGUUCAUAGUCGUUGAAAUUGUUAUACAGAGCGGAGCAGUGGUCAAAGUGCUUCGCACUGCAUCAAGGGAGCGUUGCAAAUAACGCCAUGUAUAUGCAGUAUCAGUCUGUCGGGAAAAUAAUGCGGAUUUGCCGUGCCUGUAAUAUCCCAUCAUAGCUUUGCGACAGCUACCCCAGGGAUUUGGUGCGCGACUGCAAUGAGGCGAGGCAUUUGCUGCGACAAAGCCACAUUAUUUUUCGGACAGGCUGAUACCUCGCUGCUUGGCCAAAAAUAGCGUUUUUUCGAGGCGAUUGAAGCGAAAAGUUGUGCGUUUUGUCGCGCGUUAACCUUGUAAAUCGCAACUUUGGUGGACACUCCUACUUCUUUCCUAAAAGCAAGUUUUGGCUCAGCCAAUAAAAAACAACUGUUUUUUGGAGUCAGAAAAGGAAGUAAAUAUUUGGAGGUGUUCAGAAUGCUUCCUGGAAGCAAUAGGAAGCGUUUUGGCUACUGGCUCCUGUCCUGUAUUAAGAAAUUAAAGAAUUACACAAUUUUUUUUCCAGCUGAUCGCCCGUGUUACCAAGGGAUGUGCGUGGCGGACGAGUGUAUCCCAGAUCCGGACGUAAGCUCUUGCCGUUGAGUUCUCUGUUUAGAGUGUAUAAACAAUACGCCAAAGAUCUUUUUUAGUAUUUGAAGCCCGAUCCAGUUCCAACAACCAGCCCUCCCUCUAAAAUUACUCCAAGGCACACCGAGCAGUCUGAGACUUGCUACAAUAGCCAAGAAUGCUGCAAUAUGUGGGCCAAAGAGGGACAAUGCGAGGCGAACAAGAACUACAUGAGGGAAUAUUGUCCGGCCAGCUGUGGAAUCUGCACUCCGGUCUCGUACAAACUCAGUGAUGGUAGGGAUCUUUUUGAUAGUUAGGGCGGUAUAGAAGACACUCUAAAGAGCCACAAGAAACCAUAUACCGGGUUUUAUCUGAGGUUUUUAGAAUGCCCGAAUCGCCACAUCAAAUGUCGAGAAUGGUCGGCUCAAGGCCAGUGUACAAAGAAUACUAUGUAUAUGAACGAGAACUGCCGAAAAGCUUGCAAUCUCUGCAACAUCCCAAAAACUUGCGCCAAGAGUACUGUGUCGACAACGGCGCCUUCUGCAAAGCCCGCAGCCACGACAAAACCAACGUCAAGAGUUGUGGUCUCGAAGACAACAACAAUUGCGUUAUCCAAGGUUACAACGACUGCUAUCCCGCAUUCCAUUACUCCUCAGCAAUUUCAAGGCACGGCGGUUUCGUGGGGAAGCAAGUGCACUUCUCCCGGCUGCAAUAACGAAAAUAUGUGCUGUCAACAUUGGGCCAAUCAAGGUGAAUGCCGAAAGAAUCCGAUCUAUAUGAUGUGUUGGUGCCGCGUCAGCUGUGGCGUUUGCACACCAACCGAUUAUUCGUAUGGAGGUAAGGCACCUUUUUACAGGGGAAGCAAUCCAAGUGCAAAGCUUGGUUCGUGAUUAAAAUUGGCACAAAUUUAGAGUAAUUCUUUCUGAUACGUACCCGGGAUUCUGAGCCUGUCGUUUGCAGAAAUGUCUGAGAUUUUUGUGUCAAAAGUUGGCAAAAAUGAAACGCUUUUUUGGGAAUAUUGACAAGAAAUGUUUCAUGACUAUUUACAUGUACCGUAGAGGGUAAUUUUUCCACGCAAAAUCAAUUGCUUCCGCCCAGAACUGACAAAGAUACGGCUAAAAUGCGUUUUCCUUUGCGACCGCUUUACACGUUUCUCGUACUCUUUCGGUCGAAAGGUCGUUGAAUAUCUCGGCUUUUCCUGCAAAGCGUGAGCUAAAAAAACUCAGUAAUUGAUAUGUGGCUUAUGCUCGAUUAGCGCGCAAAAUUUAAGGCCUUCGUUGCCGAGAAGGACAGAUGACCAUCUAACCAAUUAUAUUCCCCACUUUCUCUGUAUUGUUUGUUGUUGCUGCCUCGAACUCCGAGCUCAUUUUCCCUUCUUCAGACUGUGCCGACUACAACUCUCAAUGCGCUGAAUGGUCGAAGCGCGGCGAAUGCGACAAGAAUCCAUGGAUGUUGGAGAAUUGCCGUCAGAGUUGUGGGACAUGUCUGACGUUCAAGCAGUUGAAACAAACUUGCGAAGCAAAUGGAGGAAAGAAAAGGCUGACUUUUGAAGCAAAAAUUGCUAGCCCGACGAUUGCUCCCACACCCGUACCGAUCCCUCCUUCUGCUCCGCCAGAUCUCUCGUUACAAACUGCUCCAACUCUACCACCGCCUCCAUAUGAGCCGGAACAUCAUCAUCACUUCGCUGGAGAUUUUUGGGGACAUCAUCAGGACUUUGAUCAUCCGCAUCACCAUCACCAGUCUGCAGAAAGUAGCUGGGGUGCGGGUUACGCAGGGCCUUCGUCCGGUGGCUAUGGACGACCGAGGUUUUACGACGGAGGAUGGGGAAGAUGGGGCCGAGAAGUUGUCCGGAAUAAUCUGAUGUAA